AUGAAUCAACAAUCAUCACCGAAUCAAAACGAUCAAUUACCAUCACCUACUAAUUCUUUUUUACAACAACGUCCGCCAUUUCAAAUUACUGAACGACGCAAUUCAAUAAAUAGUUCAUUUCGAACAUUUACGCCAGUGGCAUUUUUUCAUCAUAGUGUUAGAAACAACGAAAUUAGAUUACAAAAUAAUUUCAUGGGUAUGGAACGACGUGCUCUUGCUAUAGCGACAGCACCUCGUCGAAAAAGAAAUGACGACGAUGAUGAUGAUAAAGAAGAUAUUCAACAACAAAAAAAUAUGCUUGACCUUAACAAAUCACCAACGUCACCAAUACCUAUUCCAACUGCAAGUUAUCAUCAUCAUUCAUUACCUCAAACUCAGGCUGAUUUAAAUUCUUUACCUAUAUUUCGUAUUAGUCCACCAUCUCAAAAUAACUUCGAAGAAAUCGAUCACUCAUAUAUUUACAAUCCACAUCGGAGAUUUUAUUCAUCUCUAUCUUUACCAAAUAAAAAUGAACACUAA